UGCUCGUCUGCGGCAUAAUAAAAGCUCAACUGCUCUCAAGAUGUGUCACGCUCGUCUUUCAUUAGCAAUCGCUCCAUUGGCCUCGUUCCACUCCAACGGCUUUUAGCCACACCAUGCUUCAUACUAUAGUAAUGUUAAUAAAUAUUUAAAUUAACUCAUCCAUGAAUAUGAUUUCUGCCUGAGUCCCGUUGGAUUCUUUUCCACCUGCUGUAGACGUAAAGACAACACCUCCCAUAAUUCUGUGAAGUCAAGGCGUCAUCAAGCUACACCUUUGUUUUGAAUAAAUGACCUCUAGUGGUGAAAAUUACAUAUUGUACCUUUAAAAAUCACAAUGGUGUCUAGUUAAAAAAAAUCUACAAAUGUUGAAUCUUGAUUUUUUUCUCAGAUCAUUUUUUUUUUUCUUUUUAAAAUGUUUUGCUUUAAAAGUGUGAUUAUCCUACUUAACAUUUUUUAGGUUUUGGGGCAUUUUUUUUUUUAGCUGGUCAGGCACAUAUAUCACCUCACCUCUCAGCAUAACCAACUAAACACCGUCUUAUUUUCUGUAUGAGAGAACAGCUCUGGCUAGUUUAAGAGUUUUUUUUUUUUUUUUCCAAGAAAGGAGCUUGCUUUGUUAUUAUGUUAUCUAAUAUUGCAUUAGCAAUGUUGUAUUAGAUUGAAGUAAUUAAAGAUUUGCUGCAACACAAUAACUGGACUUUGAUAAGGUUGUGACUGGAACUUAAACAAAUUACUUAAAGUACAGUUAAACUCAUCAGGAGUCCAAUUUGUAGCAAUACAUUAAAACCCCUCCCCUUUCGGUGGGGCACCAUCAUCAAACCACACCUUCUCAGGGUCAAUGGUGCAAUUUCCAUCACCUUCAUAACAGCCAGCACACUGAAACCCUUCUCAUUGUCCCGUGAAAGGAGGUACAAUCUAGAUUCACCUCAGGACAUAUCAGUGACACUAUGCCAGGGGACACGUACCUGAGGCUGCUCUAUGUAGUAGCCUAUUUAUGUGUUCUAAACACUGAGGCUCAUUCAAGAAGUUUCUCACUCACUCUUCCUGACUGGAGGUCAAAUGCAGAUUAUUUCGCAAAGUGUGAUGUUGGCAGUGAUUUGCCAGGAUCCUGUGAUUGGACCUCUGAGGGACCCAUCAGCGUUCAGACGGCAACAGAGGAAACCGCUCUCCAUCCUGUGAGUCCAUCUGGUGUGUUUCGUCUCAAGAGUGGAUUUCUUGAGAUCUCAGAAGACUCCUGUCUGGAGUUCUGGUACCAUAAACCCACCCAGAAGAGUUCUGAACUCAAAGUUUUGCUAAUGGUUGACAUUCUGCAGACACCGAUUUGGACCUCAGAGACUUCUAACAGUGGAGACUGGAGACAAGUUUACAUCCCUCUAACAAAGCAAUCCGACAACAUCCAGGUUAUUUUUGAGCUAUCACAAGGCCUGCAUGAGGAUGAGGAAACUGCCUUUGACAGAAUAGGAAUCCGGAAGGGACAAUGCGGGCCACAAUGUGAGCAAAGAGGCACAUUUUGGACUCAUGAAAGCACUCGUUGCACCUGCACUGAUGAGCAACUCAUCUGUUCUCACAUCUCUCGGUCCAGCGACACCUUUGGCACCUGCCAUGUGGCCUCUGACCCACAUUACACUACUUUUGAUGGGGUCAGCUUCCAAUUUGAGAGUCCUUGUACAUACGUUUUGUCAAAGGUCUGCGAUGAGUCAGGGUUGCUUCCAGAGUUUGCAGUGGAGGUGCAGAAUGAGAGAAAAGGGGACUCUCACGUCUCCUCCAUUCAGCAGGUGAACGUCAACAUACAUGGUCUGAGAGUGUCCAUGCUGAGGACAGAGAGGAGCAGAGUCAUGGUUAAUGGAAUCUGGACGGAUAUCCCUCUACUCCUGAAGGAAAACAGAGUUACGGUUAAUGCCCAGGGACAUGCUUUGGUCCUUCAGACAGAUUUCAAACUGUCUGUCUUCUACAUGGGAUCCGGUGCUGUUCAGGUGAUCGUCCCCAGCCAUUACUCCAACAGAAUCUGUGGCAUGUGCGGCAACUUUAACAAGGAGACAGAAGACGACUUCAAGAUCCCAGACGGGUCAUUUGUGCAGGACGCUAAUGUUGUAGGGCAGAGCGUGUGCGAGGAGCCCACCCUGCCUAGGGUCUGUACAGAUGCAGAGGAGCAGCAGUACGCCAGCGAGGUUUACUGCGGUCUGCUGACAUCCAGACAGGGCCUAUUCUCAGCAUGCUCAUCUGUUCUCAAUGCAGAUAGUUUUUUCCAAAGCUGCAUGUUCGAUAUGUGUACAACUCAUGGAGAUCCUGCUGCACUCUGCGAUACUAUUGAGGCCUUCAGUGCCAUCUGCGACAAAGUUGGGAUCUCUGUUGCGGUCUGGAGGAACUCAACAUUCUGUCCUGUAUCAUGUGGCCCUCACAGCCACUAUAACGCCUGUGCCAGCGGCUGUCCCGAGACCUGCUCCAGCCUGGACACCACAGGGCCUUGUGGGAUAUGCGAGGAGCGCUGCGAGUGUGACGAUGGCUUCAUGCUCAGCGGAGGAGUGUGUGUGCAAGCUAAAGACUGUGGAUGUUGGGCUAAUAAACAGCAUUAUUCGAUCAGAGAGAUAUUUAUGGAGGGUGAAUGUGAGCAACGGUGCCAAUGUUUGGGCCAUGGGAACAUUCACUGUUCACCUGCUUCCUGCAUGGCUGAUGAAGUGUGCAUGGUUAAGGACGGAGUAAAGGGUUGUUUUCCGUCCAGCCCGGCGACCUGCAGUGUCUAUGGUGACCCCCAUUACAUCACUUUUGAUGGCAAGGCCUACUCCUUCUGGGGUACCUGCAACUACACAAUAGCAAAGACCUGUGGGCCUACUGACACCCAGUUCACAAUAACCGCACGAAAUGAGGGACAGAACAACUCUGCAACUUCCUCUCUUAACUCUGUAGCUCUUGACAUGGAAGGCCUACACAUUGUCAUCGGGAAGAACAAGCUGGUUUAUGUAAACGGUAGUCAGGUCCCCCUCCCUGUGGAGUUUGGUUCUUCUGUGUUUGUGUCUCAAUCAGGACCUUACGCUCGAGUUGAUACAAACUUCGGUCUAAGGCUGCUGUUUGGAAACGCCAGGCUGUUCGUCCAGGUGGAUGAACGCUACAGAGGAGUGUUGUGCGGCCUAUGCGGUACCUACUCCGGAAGUCAGUUUGACGAUUUUCUGACAUCCGACGGCAACACAGUAGCGGAUUCACAUGAAUUCGCCAGCAGCUGGAAUACCAACGACAGUGAAUGGCCUUGCAGUGAUGGCUCUCCAAAACCCCCUGCGUGUGAUUCAGAUCUGGAGGAUGAUGCAUAUACAAAGUGCAGCGAACUGUUUGGAGAUGCUUUCAAAGAGUGCCACUGGUUCGUUCCACCACAGAUCUAUGUCAGCAGCUGCGUUUCUGAUUACUGUAUUUCCCAGGGGGACAAAGCGCAGCUCUGCAUCUCUUUGGAGGACUAUGUGUCUGCUUGUGAAAUAACGGAGGUGUUUCUGCCAGACUGGAGAAAUCACACCUUCUGUUUUGCCAAUCCUUCAACACCGCCAACAGAUGACCCUACACCAACCCCACCAGCUGCAAGUUGCCCAUGGAGCUGUAACUUUGAUCAGGAUGAAUGUGGGUGGGAACAACUUAUCCAAGACAGUUUUGAUUGGACCAGAUGGUCAGGGUCAACACCAUCAAACUUCACAGGACCAGCCAGUGACCACACCACAGGAAGUGGCUCUUACCUGUAUAUUGAGGGGGAUAGUGUGGUCCAUGGCGACUCAGCCCGACUAAUGAGUCCUGUCUGCAACACUUCCGGCAAGCAGUGUUUGAGUUUCUGGUUUCACAUGUACGGCCUGGCAAAUGCUAUGUUGCUUAACUUCUAUAUAUACGAGAACAACCAAGCCAUCAAAAUAUGGUCCAGAGCCAACAACCAGGGCAACAGCUGGUACCAAGGCCAGGUUGAAAUCAAACCACAACAGCCAUUCCAGAUCAUCAUAGAAGGCAUCAGAGGCUCAGAUCCACGCUCAGAUGUAGCCAUAGAUGAUGUGGCCAUAAUGUAUGGUGCAUGUGAUUAUUCAUCAGCAGAAGAUUCGGACUGGACCACUCUUGGACCCCAUCCGACUACCCCAAACUUAAUCAUACCCCAUCCAAAUUGUAAAAUGAACUGUGAUUUUGAAAAGGACAUCUGCAGUUGGACUCAGAUUGUGACUGACGUUUUUGAUUGGACAAGACACACAGGCUCCACCCCCACAUCAAUGACUGGUCCCUCCUCUGACCACACAACAGGAAGUGGUUUUUAUAUGUACAUGGAGGGUGACAGCGCAACUUAUGGUGACACAGCCCGUCUACUCAGUGCGCAAUGUGCUGACCCUCAACCUCAGUGUCUUAAGUUCUGGUACCACAUGUAUGGUUCCAGCUGGGCCAUGGGACUAAGCGUCUAUGUCCUGGAGGGCAAUGUGGCCAAGGAGGUGUGGAAGAUGACAGAAGACCAAGGAAACAUGUGGCAUCUUGCACAGGUGGACCUGAGAUCAGAUGUUAAGUUCAAGGUGAUCUUUGAGGGGCGUAGAGGAAGCUCAGCCCAGUCAGAUGUUGCCAUUGAUGACAUCUCACUGCACAGAGGAGCCUGUAGCGCAUUACCAAACCAGGUGGCUCCACCUUCAGUCCCAUUGCCACCAGCUGCAACAACGCCACAGCCUGCACCCAUCCAAACUGCAGAAAUACCAAAAACCUCAGCGUCUUGUGGCAUCAACUGUGAUUUUGAAAGGGACAUUUGUACUUGGACUCAGCUGGCAACAGAUGUUUUUGAUUGGACAAGACACAGAGGCUCCACCCCCACAUCAAUGACUGGUCCCUCCUCCGACCACACAACAGGAAAUGGUUUUUAUAUGUACAUCGAGGGUGACAGCGCAACUCAUGGCGACACAGCCCGUCUUCUCAGUGCACAAUGUGCUGACCCUCAACCUCAGUGUCUUCAGUUCUGGUACCACAUGCAUGGCUCCAGCUGGACCAUGGGAUUGAGCGUCUACCUGCUGCAAUAUGGCAAUGUGGCCAAAGAGGUGUGGAGGAAGAGAGAAGACCAAGGAAACAUGUGGCAUCUUGCACAGGUGGACCUGAGACCAGAUGUUAUGUUCCAGGUGAUCUUUGAGGGGCGUAGAGGAAGCUCAGCUCGGUCAGAUGUUGCCAUUGAUGACAUCUUACUGCACAGAGGAGCCUGUAGCGAUUUACCAAAUCAAGUGGCUCCACCUACAGUCCCAUUGCCACCAGCUGCAACAACGCCACAACCUGCACCCAUCCAAACUGCAGACAUACCAAACACCUCAGCAUCUUGUGACAUCAGCUGUGAUUUUGAAAGGGACAUUUGUACUUGGACUCAGUUGCUGACUGAUGUUUUUGAUUGGACAAGACACAGAGGCUCCACCCCCACAUCAAUGACUGGUCCCUCCUCUGACCACACAACAGGAAGUGGUUUUUAUAUGUACAUUGAGGGUGACAGUGCUGUUCAUGGUGACACGGCCCGUCUCCUCAGUGCACAAUGUGCUGACCCUCAACCUCAGUGUCUUCAGUUCUGGUACCACAUGUAUGGUUCCAGUUGGACCAUGGGAUUGAGCGUCUACCUGCUGCAAUAUGGCAAUGUGGCCAAAGAGGUGUGGAGGAUGAGAGAAGACCAAGGAAACAUGUGGCAUCUUGCACAGGUGGACCUGAGACCAGAUGUUAAGUUCCAGGUGAUCUUUGAGGGGCGUAGAGGAAGCUCAGCCCGGUCAGAUGUUGCCAUUGAUGACGUCUCACUGCACAGAGGAGCCUGUAGUGAUUUACCAAACCAAGUGGCUCCACCUUCAGUCCCAUUGCCACAAUCUGCACCCGUCCAACGCAGAGAAAUACCAAACAACUCAGCGACUUGUGGCAUCAACUGUGAUUUUGAAAGGGACAUUUGUACUUGGACUCAGUUGGCGACUGACGUUUUUGAUUGGACAAGACACAGAGGCUCCACCCCCACAUCAAUGACUGGUCCCUCCUCUGACCACACAACAGGAAAUGGUUUUUAUAUGUACAUCGAGGGUGACAGCGCAACUCAUGGCGACACAGCCCGUCUUCUCAGUGCACAAUGUGCUGACCCUCAACCUCAGUGUCUUCAGUUCUGGUACCACAUGCAUGGCUCCAGCUGGACCAUGGGAUUGAGCGUCUACCUGCUGCAAUAUGGCAAUGUGGCCAAAGAGGUGUGGAGGAAGAGAGAAGACCAAGGAAACAUGUGGCAUCUUGCACAGGUGGACCUGAGACCAGAUGUUAUGUUCCAGGUGAUCUUUGAGGGGCGUAGAGGAAGCUCAGCUCGGUCAGAUGUUGCCAUUGAUGACAUCUUACUGCACAGAGGAGCCUGUAGCGGUAUGUUUCACUCUGUGGCGGACCUUGAUUUACCAAAUCAAGUGGCUCCACCUACAGUCCCAUUGCCACCAGCUGCAACAACGCCACAACCUGCACCCAUCCAAACUGCAGAAAUACCAAACACCUCAGCAUCUUGUGACAUCAGCUGUGAUUUUGAAAGGGACAUUUGUACUUGGACUCAGUUGCUGACUGAUGUUUUUGAUUGGACAAGACACAGAGGCUCCACCUCCACAUCAAUGACUGGUCCCUCUUCUGACCACACAACAGGAAGUGGUUUUUAUAUGUACAUUGAGGGUGACAGUGCUGUUCAUGGUGACACGGCCCGUCUCCUCAGUGCACAAUGUGCUGACCCUCAACCUCAGUGUCUUCAGUUCUGGUACCACAUGUAUGGUUCCAGUUGGACCAUGGGAUUGAGCGUCUACCUGCUGCAAUAUGGCAAUGUGGCCAAAGAGGUGUGGAGGAUGAGAGAAGACCAAGGAAACAUGUGGCAUCUUGCACAGGUGGACCUGAGACCAGAUGUUAAGUUCCAGGUGAUCUUUGAGGGGCGUAGAGGAAGCUCAGCCCGGUCAGAUGUUGCCAUUGAUGACGUCUCACUGCACAGAGGAGCCUGUAGUGAUUUACCAAACCAAGUGGCUCCACCUUCAGUCCCAUUGCCACAAUCUGCACCCGUCCAACGCAGAGAAAUACCAAACAACUCAGCGACUUGUGGUAUCAACUGUGAUUUUGAAAGGGACAUUUGUACUUGGACUCAGUUGGCGACUGACGUUUUUGAUUGGACAAGACACAGAGGCUCCACCCCCACAUCAAUGACUGGUCCCUCCUCUGACCACACAACAGGAAAUGGUUUUUAUAUGUACAUCGAGGGUGACAGCGCAACUCAUGGCGACACAGCCCGUCUUCUCAGUGCACAAUGUGCUGACCCUCAACCUCAGUGUCUUCAGUUCUGGUACCACAUGCAUGGCUCCAGCUGGACCAUGGGAUUGAGCGUCUACCUGCUGCAAUAUGGCAAUGUGGCCAAAGAGGUGUGGAGGAAGAGAGAAGACCAAGGAAACAUGUGGCAUCUUGCACAGGUGGACCUGAGACCAGAUGUUAUGUUCCAGGUGAUCUUUGAGGGGCGUAGAGGAAGCUCAGCCCAGUCAGAUGUUGCCAUUGAUGACGUCUCACUGCACAGAGGAGCCUGUAGCGAUUUACAAAACCAGGUGGCUCCACCUUCAGUCCCAUUGCCACCUGCUGCAACAACACCACAACCUGCACCCAUCCAAACUGCAGAAAUACCAAACACCUCAGCAUCUUGUGGCAUCAACUGUGAUUUUGAAAGGGACAUUUGUACUUGGACUCAGCUGGCAACAGAUGUUUUUGAUUGGACAAGACACAGAGGCUCCACCCCCACAUCAAUGACUGGUCCCUCCUCCGACCACACAACAGGAAAUGGUUUUUAUAUGUACAUUGAGGGUGACAGUGCAACUCAUGGCGACACAGCCCGUCUUCUCAGUGCACAAUGUGCUGACCCUCAACCUCAGUGUCUUCAGUUCUGGUACCACAUGUAUGGUUCCAGCUGGACCAUGGGAUUGAGCGUCUAUCUGCUGCAAUAUGGCAAUGUGGCCAAAGAGGUGUGGAGGAAGAGAGAAGACCAAGGAAACAUGUGGCAUCUUGCACAGGUGGACCUGAGACCAGAUGUUAUGUUCCAGGUGAUCUUUGAGGGGCGUAGAGGAAGCUCAGCUCGGUCAGAUGUUGCUAUUGAUGACGUCUCACUGCACAGAGGAGCCUGUAGCGAUUUACCAAACCAAGUGGCUCCACCUUCAGUCCCAUUGCCACAAUCUGCACCCGUCCAACGCAGAGAAAUACCAAACAACUCAGCGACUUGUGGCAUCAACUGUGAUUUUGAAAGGGACAUUUGUACUUGGACUCAGUUGGCGACUGACGCUUUUGAUUGGACAAGACACAGAGGCUCCACCCCCACAUCAAUGACUGGUCCCUCCUCUGACCACACAACAGGAAGUGGUUUUUAUAUGUACAUCGAGGGUGACAGCGCAACUCAUGGCGACACGGCCCGUCUCCUCAGUGCACAAUGUGCUGACCCUCAACCUCAGUGUCUUCAGUUCUGGUACCACAUGUAUGGUUCCAGUUGGACCAUGGGACUGAGCGUCUACCUGCUGCAAUAUGGCAAUGUGGCCAAAGAGGUGUGGAGGAAGAGAGAAAACCAAGGAAACAUGUGGCAUCUUGCACAGGUGGACCUGAGACCAGAUGUUAUGUUCCAGGUUAUCUUUGAGGGGCGUAGAGGAAGCUCAGCCCAGUCAGAUGUUGCCAUUGAUGACGUCUCACUGCACAGAGGAGCCUGUAGCGAUUUACAAAACCAGGUGGCUCCACCUUCAGUCCCAUUGCCACCUGCUGCAACAACACCACAACCUGCACCCAUCCAAACUGCAGAAAUACCAAACACCUCAGCAUCUUGUGGCAUCAAUUGUGAUUUUGAAAGGGACAUUUGUACUUGGAGUCAGUUGGCAACAGAUGUUUUUGAUUGGACAAGACACAGAGGCUCCACCCCCACAUCAAUGACUGGUCCCUCCUCUGACCACACAACAGGAAGUGGUUUUUAUAUGUACAUCGAGGGUGACAGUGCUGUCCAUGGCGACACGGCCCGUCUCCUCAGUGCACAAUGUGCUGACCCUCAACCUCAGUGUCUUCAGUUCUGGUACCACAUGCAUGGUUCCAGCUGGACCAUGGGACUGAGCGUCUACCUAUUGCAAUAUGGCAAUGUGGCCAAAGAGGUGUGGAGGAAGAGAGAAGACCAAGGAAACAUGUGGCAUCUUGCACAGGUGGACCUGAGACCAGAUGACAAGUUCCAGGUGAUCUUUGAGGGGCGUAGAGGAAGCUCAGCCCGGUCAGAUGUCGCCAUUGAUGACGUCUCACUGCACAGAGGAGCCUGUAGCGAGAUCACUCUCUCUGACACGUAUGGAAAUUCUGACGGUGCACUCGAAAAUAACAUGAUAAUGCCAAACGGGGAGGAUGCAAAAAAUGAGAAAGAGUUUGGAGAGAGCUGGAAAGCAACAGAUGACAAAAGCACAGCAAGACGGAGGCGGUCCUUGCUGUUAAGGAAACGUUCUCAGGCUUGAGCUGAAAUUCACUUACUUUAUACGAGGCAAAUGAUCAGCUGAUAGUACCUGUCAUCUGUCAAUAUGGACCUCCUCCUCUACAUCAUAACUCAUGAAUCACUCAGUUUUAGCAAGAUAAUUUAGUAAGCUAGGUGUGUUUGUGUUGUUUACCUAGGAAGUAUCGUUUAUAUAUAACAGUCUCUAACAUAGUCCUUUGAUAAUAUGAUGUACAACAGAAUGCUUAUCAGGUUUUUAUAGAUAAGGUGUUAAGCCCUAAUUUCACAGUGAAUUUUCUCCUCAAGUUCACAAGGUCUCCUAGGUCUUCCAUUAUAUUAACUAUAAACAUGUUCCAUGUCCAUAUACUUAUUUUUAUUUUCAACAAUUUAUCUAUUAUCUUUUGAAAACUAGCAAACUUAUUUUUGUCAAAAGUGUAUGCACGUUAUCUAUGAGUCAAGCAUGUUUUUGACUUACAUUUAAUAAACAUUUCAAUUUCACUCAAUAAAACUUUGUGAAUGUCCUGUUGUUUAA